AUGGGCAAUACCACCUCCAACCCCGCCUCCCACUCUGCACACUCCCACUCCCCUGCCCGCCGCGGAAGCCCCGCUCGCCCGCCCUCCGCCGCCUCCCAGCGCGUCCACCGCUCCCUACGCACAAAGAAGAAGUCCCUCGAGCUGCCCGACCUGGCGUCCCUCGCCCUCACCCCCGCAGGCUCCCCCUCCCCGGCCUCCGUCUCCCCCCACGGUGCCUACCGCAGGCCUCGUGCGUCCUCCCCCAUCCCCAUCCCCACAUCCGCCCAGCCUCCCCAGCCCACGUUCAGGCCACAAAACAACCUCCCCUCCGCUGCACACAUCGCCCUCAGCAACUACAAUGACCACACCAGAAACAACAAGUCUUACUUGACCAAUGCGUCUCGCUCUUUCAUGUACCGCGUUCAGGAGCACUCGCCCCCGCGUGAGGACAUCCAUAAAUCCGGGUUUGUUCCUGAGGUCGUCUACAGCACCCUCCCCCUGGCCCUACACAAAGCCGAAGAAGACACUGGCAAUCCGGAACCUGUGUCCGUAAAGAUCACCUAUCGUGGAGCAGGGAAGGCGGUCGUCCUCGCACGUGCGGGCGACGAAAACUGGCAAGGAAGACAGCCCAUGGAGUUUGACUCUACCACCGGCCAGUGGUUCACUUUUGUCUCCCUCUUGCCCGGCACCCACCAUCUCAAGUUCAUCGUUGAUGGUCAAUGGCGCAUCACCGAUGAUUAUCCAACAGCGGUCGACGAUCGAGAUGGAUCGCUUGCCAAUUACGUUGCCGUUCAAAUCUCCUCCUCCUCCUCGCCACAGAUCGUAACAACUCCUGUCUCGGGGUCCAUCUCCCCCCUCGCGAGCCCUCCCCACACCCAUCCGGCUCACAUAAACAGCUUUUGGAGUGAAGCAAGCAGUGCUACCGGUGGUGGGAUCAGUGGCCCAGAUGGUGAAGGAGGACGGAGCAAAGCAGAGCCGGAGUGGACAACAGAGAUUCCUUCUGAGCUUAUGUCGGCUGCAGCUGAAGAGGAGGUCUACCUGGCUUCGACCGACUCGCAUGACGUCUCUUCAAACUCGUCGGCGUCCGCCUUUGGUGGUAUUCCGACACCCAAUAUUCCCCCAGCUCCUGGCUUGCCUCGACACCUUGACAAACUCAUCUUGAAUGUCCGACCGUCGGCUGUCAGUGGCUCGCCUGUGCCCGGGGAGAGAGAGCGUUCGCGAAGGUCAGGUAAAGACCGAUCCAGGCGCGAGCGAGACAGGGAUGGUCGUCCACGUCCAUCCCACCUCGGUAUGAUGUCUUUGAGUGCCGCAGCGGGCAUCAAUGGCGAUGGUGAUCAUUUACCUUCACCUCUUGGUCUCCCUGUCGUCACCGCGUCCGGGACCGACAUCACCGCUUCCCUUGCACCUCCCUCCCCAAUGGCCGACAAUCUGAAAGCGAACACUGCAGUCACUGCGGUCGGAAAACUCGAGUAUGCUGGAUCGGCGGACGACGCGAGUGUCUUGCCUGUGCCGUCUCAUGUUGUGCUACAUCAUCUGAGCACGAGUGCGAUUAAAAAUGGCGUGUUAGCAGUGGCGAACACGACAAGGUACCGGAAGAAGGUGCGUAUCAGUUGGAUUUCUGCUCCUUUUCAACAUUCUCGCCGGGCGACUGUAGCCGGGCUGCUCACGCGUUCGUCCUCACAGUAUAUCACAACGAUCUAUUACAAGCCUACAUGA